AUGGGAGGAGUGGACUUGUCAGAUAUGGUAAUCUCACUGUAUAGAACAUCUUGCAAAACCAAGCGCUGGUAUUUAAAAGUUUUAUUCUAUUGUGUUGAUAUAGCUAAAGUAAACGCAUGGCUUUUAUAUCGACGUCAUUGCAGUCAAUUACAUAUUCCCCAAAAAAAUCAAUACAGUCUUCUUAACUGUAUUUCUGUCAUUGCAAACGGUUUAAUAAAUUCUUGCCGUGUUUUACCUUCAGUUGGUCGUCCUUCUAAGCGUGCAUCAAAUGAGACUAACAUUACUCUAAGUCUAAGAAAGCUACCUAAACAUAUGCCAGUAGCUGAAAAUAGAUCAUUGGCCAGAGUUUAG